CUUAAUUCCCUCGCAAUCCCUCUGCUCAUAAUCCCAUCUCUAAAGUAUCGUUCCACAAUGGCGGAGAAAACAGACCCGCACACAACAUCCAAUUACGUUGCCUUCGAAGGGGACGCUGACGCCCUGAUUCCAGAAAGCGAUGACAGUGGCGAUACGGAUUCUGCGAUUGGUGGCGUGAGUUAUGCGUCGAGUACGACGAGUGCGAGAAGUGAGGUUUAUGCGCUAGUGGAGGAGUUUGGAAGGACUUAUCAUGGGUUUAAAGCCGGCAAAUAUAUCAUGCCGAAUGAUGAGAAAGAGCGUGACCGUCUCGACCUACAACACAUGCUCUUCCUCCAGACUGUCGACGGUCGCCUUUCAACCGCGCCGCUCACCUCCCCCCGUUCUGUCCUCGAUAUCGCCACUGGCACCGGCAUUUGGGCCAUGGACUUCGCAGAACAAUUCCCAUCCGCGCAGGUUCUCGGCACCGAUCUCUCCCCCAUCCAACCUUCCUACGUGCCCCUAAACUGCUCUUUUGAAAUCGCCGACGCGGAAGAUGAGUGGAAUUUCUCGCAGCAGUUUGACUACAUCCAUGGUCGGGCGCUGAUGAGCUGUUUCACCGACCCUCGAGAAAUGAUUCGAAAGGCGUACGACAGUCUCGAACCCGGAGGGUACCUAGAGCUCCAGGAUGGUUUCUUCCCGUUCCGCUUCCUUGAUCCUCAACCUGGGCCUGAAAACCCCGUGCGCAAAUGGCUAGAAUACUGCGAGCAGGCAUCCCGCAUCUCCGGCCGUUUGUGGGACAACGUGCAGCACUAUUCCCGCUGGAUGGCGGACCUCGGCUUCGUUGACAUUGUCGAGAAGCGGUAUAAUUGGCCGUGUGGGCCGUGGGCAAAGGGAGACAAGAUGAAGAAAUUGGGGGUGUAUUUUUAUGAGGAUUUGACGCAUGCCGUGGAGCCGAUUUGUAUGAAACUGUUUACGAAGUUUUUGGGCUGGAGCGAGGAAAGGGUGAGGGCGUUUGUGGCAGAGUUGUUGCCUGCUAUGGGGGCGAGGAGGUUGUAUCUUUAUGAGACUGUGGUAUUCGUAUAUGGCCGGAAGCCGCUGAAUGCUUGAUGUUGGAAUUGAGAUGGUAUAUAGAUUGAGAGUGGAAAGGGUUGGGGGAUGAGCGAGCGACUGAGUAUUUUGUUGUUGUAUACCACUUCUUGUUGGAACCUCUCAUGCAUUUAGCGAGCGCGGCCCUUGAAUGUUGGC